AUGAAUACAAACAAACGAUUUCUGUCUAUUAUUGGAUUAAUAAUAGUUAGUUCGGUUAUUUUCUAUUUUCGACGUUAUUAUCAUUUAACCGUUGAAUUAUCGAUUAGAAAUAUUGUUCCAGUUGUAUCAAAUAUCCCGUUAAAACCGACAUUAUCUUUGCCAACAUCGAAAGAUUUACUUUUCUUGUAUGAAAAAGAAUUUUCUCGUCUAGAAUUAACUUCAUUUCGACCAACAUUUCAUAAUUAUCAUUUAACAUUAAAAUUAAAUUUAACAUUAUUCGCAACAGACUAUUUCGAUUAUCUUAAAAAUUGUUCAACAAACUCAAUUUGUAAUUAUAAAAUAAUUUGUUUACAAAAAAAUAAAACAACAAAUAAUUCUUAUUCAAUUUGUGAUAUUAAUUUAAUUUUUCAAGUAAAAAUCUUAAAUUCAAAAGAAAUCCAAUUAACUUUAUUAUCAAGUAAUUCAUCUUAUCCCAUAACAUUAGAAAAUAAAUCCGAUAUAAUCAUUAUUAAUAUUCAUAAAGCAUUUUCAAUAGAAAAUAUAUUUCAUUUUACUCAUCAAUGGUCUGAUUUAAAUCAUCCAUUAGACAUAUUUUGGCGUUCAUGGCCAAUAACAACAGAAUGUAUAAAAUCUUAUUUAAAUCAAUCAUUAGAGAUAACACGAAUAAAAUCUCUUCCAUGUUCUUUAACUAAUAUUUUGUUACAUUCCGGAGCAAAAGAAUUAUUUGUUGCCGAACAAAAUGCUGUUUCAACUUGGCUUGAUUUACAAUAUGAAAUAUUUCUUAAUCAAAGAUUACCAAAACAAAUCCAUAAUAGAAGUUUAAUUCCAUUUGAAAUGGCAAAAAAUCCAAAUGUAUGUUCAAAUCAAUUUCAAAAAUGGAUUUUCGAUUAUCAAAAAUGGCAUGAAAAUCUAACUUUUUAUAUUAAUAAUGGAUCAAUGACAAUCGAAGAACAACGUAAACGUAUAAUUGAAGAAAAUGUUCGAUUUUUAAUCUAUGAAAAACAUACAUCAGGUAUUGCUGAUCGAAUAAUUCAUUUAAUUUCAACAUAUUUAAUCGCAUUAUUAACAAAAAGAUUAUUUAUAUUUGAUAAAGAUUGGCCGGAAUUUACUCAAAUAAUGCAAUUAAGUUUAAAUUCUGACCAAAAAUUAAUUAUCCCAUGGAUUGAUCAACUUGGUGUACUUAAUAAAAAUUUCAAUUCAACUGAUCGAAAUUAUUUAACUUCGAAUAGUCGAUGGUUUUCUUUUGAUCGAUUUCUUCAAACAUAUGAUUAUGAUAAAGUAUUUCCUGAACGUAUUUUAAUAUUUAAAGGGCAUACAGGUGGUGUUAUACAAACACUUCAUUCCAAUUCAAGUAUUUAUAGAAAAUUUUUAACGGAAAAUCUUAAAAUGAAUACGAAUAAUAUCUUUGGUUGUCUUUAUCAUUCACUUUUUACAUAUAAAUUAUCAGAAUUAAUAAAUCGAGUUCCAUUUAAUUCAUCCGAUCCACCAAUAGGUCAUUCAUCACAAUUUAUUUUACAAAUACUUUUAUCACCAAUAUUUUUUCCAGUUGGUGUUCAAGUUCGUGCUGGUGAUGAAACAAUGAAUGAAAAUAAUAUUGAUCAAUCGAGACUUGAUACAAAUCCUGCAGAAUUUAUUGAGAGAUAUGAAAAUUAUGUUGUAUGUACUCAACAAAUGAUUUCAAUGAAUACAAAGUUAUUUGAAAAAACAAAUCGAACUCCAAUUAUUUUUCUUUUAUCUGAUAGUUAUGAAAUUCGUAUAGCAACAUUGAAACUUAAACAAUUAUCAUUAGAAUGUUAUAAAUCAUCUAACAAAGAAUGUCGAUUAGAUCCUAAUGAAUUACAUGUAUUAGCAAGUCCAAAUCCUGUUUUUCAUGUAUCACUUACUAAAAAUCGAGUGUUAGCUUUUCAAUUGGGAAUGUUUGAUAUUUUUCUUUUUAGUUUAUGUCAACAACAUCUUAUUAGUACAGAGAGUGGUUUCGGUCGUUUUUCAGCUUUUGCAUCUCUAAAACAACGAAAUAUAUAUUCACUUGCUCUUAGGGAAAAAAAAUCAUGUCAAAAUGAUGGUCUACCACUUUCAAGUGUAGGUUAUCAUUGGUCUGGAAUUUAA